AUGUUUGCGGCCUGGCGGCCGGCAACCUGGCGUGAGGCUUGUGGGGCAAAGCCCACGGGAGCUCCACAGAUGGAUUAUGGGACCUACAGCCAGCCAACCCUUGCUAUAUGGGGCAACGAGCUGAUGUUGGCAGUGAGACUUUUCCAGGAUUUUGCUAAGCCCCAGAAAUUGAGGUUUUCUGGAUCUUGGUAUCAGCAUUCUCAUCUGCAUCAUUGGACUUUGUACAGCAAUACAGUACUCACGGGCCUGACAGCCCCUGUUCUUCUGUGGGACACCUUCAAGUGUGAAAUGCUCAAUGCAACCCAAGAAUCGAUUGAGUGGGACAUCCUGGAGCUGCUCAGCAUCAACGGCUCCCAGACCGGCGUCUCCGCAGCGCGAGGGCCCAUACCUGACACGCCGGCAUGGAGGCUCCGAGCCGUGUACGACAACAUUCAAAUAGAACCAGCCAUCGUUCCAAAAAUUGCUUCAACGCUGCACGACGAGAUCAGUUUUUAUUUUGUCUACAAGCAACACAAGAAGACACUUGGUUCUCUCCUUUCUAUAAACUUACCUGGCAGGAUCAAACCUUGGUUACAGGUGAUCUCCAACUUGAAGACUGAGCGCCUCAAUGUCUUCUACCAUAUCAAGGAGGACGCCAAAACUCACCAGGCGUCGUUCGAGCUUCCAGAGAAGGUGGGCUGGACGUGGACCCGGAUCCUGGUGAGUGUGAAGCAGACGCAGAUGCGAAUCUGGAUCAACUGCGCCGACUACGACAAGCAGAAACUGGCCGGCCACAUUGACUUAGAAAUCCCCUCAGGUGGCCUCAUAUACUUCCGCCAGGAGCCUGGACUCAAAAACAAACUUAUUGGCAGCAUCCAGAUGGCCAAAAUCCUCAACUACAGCGUCAACGACCGCGUGUGGAAGUGCACAUAUGACGCUCAGUUCGGCCCAAGUUGGCGUCCUCCUCUUCUCGGUUGAUUAACUGGGCAUCGCGCUCCUUGCUCUGGCCUGCAGCACGCCGGCUUGCAACGCUCACAUCUCGUUCCGUUUGCAAUGUAACCUCCAUCCUCAAUUUCUUUUUUACUCCUCUUGACCAUUUUAUUUCCAUGUUCUCUUUCUCUCCGCUCACCCGGAAGUAGCGUUGGAACAUCUUUUUCAUCUACGUAGCUUUGCUUAGAUGUUGAUUUAUCGUUAUAUCCCAAAUAUAUGCAAACUAACUGUAUUAACACCACUAAAGUUAUGCAGUACAUAUCACUUUUUGAAACAGAGGUUUUCCCUGCAAAAUAGAGCUUAAUCACAAAAGAGUUUUACAGGCUAAGUAGCUUUUCAAAAAGGAAGUACAGAAAACAACAAAACAGAAAUGAUAAUAAGAUUAAGGUUUCAUACCAAUUAUCGAAUCGUGAAUAAAAAUCAAGUCUGCCAUAGUAUGACUUUUCUAUUUCUCGGUAUACAUGUGUACUUCAGAGAAUAACUGGAUAGAGAAUGCACACACACACACACACACAC